AUGUCUUACUAUCCUAAUGCCAAUUCCUCCUCUUUGGUCUUCCUCUUGACUGGUGUCCCUGGGCUUGAAGAUGCUCAUGUCUGGAUCUCCAUUCCUUUUUGCUGUCUCUACCUAACAGCCCUCUCAGGGAAUGGCAUGAUCUUAUUUGUGAUUAUCACUGAGUCAAGCCUCCAUGAACCAAUGUAUUAUUUUCUUUCCAUGCUGUCUACUACUGACCUGGGUUUGUGCAUUUCUACACUGGUCACUAUGCUGGGCAUAUUCUGGCUCAACACUAGAGAGAUAAGUUUUAAUGCCUGUGUGGCCCAGACGUUCUUCAUUCAACUCUUCACUGUGAUGGAAUCCUCAGUGCUUCUAGCCAUGGCCUUUGAUCGUUUUGUUGCCAUCUGCAACCCCCUGAGAUAUGCCACCAUCUUAACAGACUCCCGCAUCAUCAAAGUUUGGUUGGUGAUCCUCUUUAGAGGGACAAUAAUAUUAAUGCCUCUUGUAUUGCUUUUGAAACGCCUGUCCUUCUGUCGCAGCCGUGUGCUACACCAUUCCUAUUGCUUCCACCCUGACAUCAUCCAGCUAUCUUGUUCAGACAAUAAGAUCAACAGUGUGCUUGGACUAACUGCCCUCAUCAUCACUGCAGGGGUGGAUUCUGUCUUUAUCCUGCUGUCCUAUGUUCUGAUCAUUAAGACCGUCUUAAGCAUUGCCUCUCCAGAGGAGCGGCACAAGGCUUUUAGCACAUGCAUAUCCCACAUUGGUGCCGUAGCCAUCUUCUACAUCCCCCUAAUCAGCUUGUGCUUUGUCCACAGAUUUGGAAAACGAGCCCCUCCAUAUGUACACACACUAAUGGCAAAUGUGUACCUACUCAUUCCUCCUGUUAUGAAUCCUAUUAUCUAUAGUGUGAAGACCAAGCAGAUACGCAAAGCCAUUCACAAAGUUCUCCUUCCCAAGGGAAGCCAGAUUUGA